UUCAAAGCCACGUGUCAAUCCAAACCACUCAAACCUCUCUCUCGCUCGCUCGCUCUCUCGCUCCAUGGAGGAGCUUCCACCGUCUCUGAUCGUCGACAUUCUUAGUCGACUCCCCGACUCGGCCGAGCUCGCUCGGUGCCGACUCGUCUCCAAGACCUUCAAGUCGCUCUCCUACGAGGUCCGAUCCGUCCGCCUCCUCUGCACCUUGUCGCGCUACCUCAAGUCUCGGGCCCCUGAGACCAUUCCCCCGGUCACACCUUUCAAGACCGUCCUCAACACCCUGGUCUGCGACUCCCGUUCACUCGAGUCCGUCUCCAUCCGCGUGGACAAGUCUCUCGGAACUUUAUCAAACGACGACGUCGAGGACGAGUCCGACGACCUCUACCUGACCGAUGUGCGCUUCGUGAAGGAUUGGUUGCCGAGGGUCGCUGGACGGCUGAGAUCGCUUUCGGUGUCGGACUUUUGGGUUCAGUCUUGUUGGAGAAAGUCGGAGGUUCUGUCUCUGAUCUCAUCGUGCUGCCAUAGUCUUCUCGAACUAGAGGUGAAGAAUGCUUGGCUAUCAGUGGAUGGCCUGAAUGCAAUGCCCACCCUCACAAGCUUGACACUUGAGUUCAUAAGACUGGAUGAUGAAGACCUAAACAAGGUCAACAAUUUCUUCCCUUGUCUGAAAGUUCUGAAUUUGAUAGGUGUGGGAGGACUUAAGGAACCAAAGAUUCAUCUUUUGCACCUUAAUACCUGUCAUUGGACGGUGUCAAAUGCUCCACUUUCUCUGGCUAUAUUUGCACCCAACCUUGUCAAUCUGACCUUGAAGUGUGUUAAACCGCGUUCUCUUGUCCUUGAAACCCCAUCAUUGUCUGAUUUCCACCUUACCCUUGAGGAAGCAAAUGAAUUUAAAGUAAAAGGGUUUCCUCAUUUGAAAAACCUUCUGCUUCAGUCUGUGGAUCUUUGUAGUCUCAUUCGCAUGUUUCCAUCUGGUAGGACCAUCAAGAAGCUCACCAUGGAUUCACCGCACCUAAAAAUGACAGGAUUUUGCCUCGAGACAGUGUUUGAUGUUUUUCCAAAUCUGAGCUAUCUUAAUUUGGGCAUCAGAGCUUGGAUGCAAGCAGAGGGUUAUUUUGUCACAAGAUGUAUGGAAGGUAGGACUGGUAUGAAAGUAUUGAAGGAAAUUGUUGCACAUAUGGGGACGGUAUCUGAAGAUGUUACACUUUCAUUCAUUUUCUCUAUUUUGGAUAACUGUACCAACUUGUCGGACAUGGCAUUGAUGACCUACCCUCAAAUUGGUUUUCUCACUGCUAGUGACCUUGUCUCGAGGUGCAGGGCUGCUUAUCCUAGAGUUACGUGGAAAUGGAAAAUGUUGAAGGAAGGAACAGAAGACGUUUGGGUUUCUGAUGGCAUCUAAUUUGGUAACCCUGGUUGUCCUAGGAAGAGAUGCAAAAUUGGAUUUGUUGCGGGUCCUCUUUAGAUUGGUUUAGGGGACAUGUGGUGGGAGGAUUUGAGUAUAAUUUGAAUGAAAUUUGUUUACCCACACCGUGGAGUUAGAACAAGAUUUUGUUGAGUGGAGUUUGGCAGACUUAAUAGGAGGUUGCAAUGACCAAAUAAUUCAUUAGAUCCAUGACAAAAAUCAAAUGCAUGGGAGAUAAUAUAUUGGAUGAGUGUGAUCACGUUUGAUCUUCUAGCAUAAAUAGAGUAAAAAAUAUUCUCUUUUUACAUACAGAAAAACUUCAAUAAGGGCCUCGUGUAAUCGAGGUCAUUUACACCCUCCAACAACAACCAGCCGCAUUAGCUUGGCACACCAAAAUGAAGGAGCAAGUCCACACUAGUUCGGGUCUGCCCAAUUAAGAGAAGUCCCAUCUCCUAAGCAAUCAACUAUACCAGAAGCCCUAUUCAAGAUAAACGACGGUGACCUUCAACCACCACGGCCGAACGCUACUGCCUAGGUUUUGAACUUCCUUUGGGUUCAAAGCAAGAGCCCAUUUGAUAGAGAUUCACCCAGAGAUCGACAAAGUCCCAGUGAUAUGUACAGUGGAAAUGGCAGUGUUGUGUAGAUCCGGUAUUGGAGGCUGAUAAGUUAUCUUUUAUAAUAAGUAGUAUUAUGAAAUACCUUAUCGGUUAUAUUUUGAUUCGUCUAUACUUACUCAUAGCGGAGGGUUCUUGAAGCAUAUUAGUCUGCAGAAUAUAGAUUGCAAUGGAUGUGUUUUACUGUUUUUGUUUCUAAAUCGUAACUGGUAAAAGGAGAGAAGAAUUUUGCUUUAUUUUGUUAUAGAAUGCCUAUCACAAAGUUUUCUUGCU